AUCGAGAUCUCGACGGAAAAGAUGUUCGCGGAGAAGAUGUGGUCGACCUGGCUAGCUGUGUGCCUGGCUGUGGCGGCGGCGGUGGCGCAGGAGGAGACGGUGCAGGUGCAGCUUCAGCAGGGUGUGAUCGAGGGCGCGAGGUCGGAGGCCGGAGAAGGGAGGUUCCUCUACAGCUUCCAGACCAUUCCCUUCGCCGAGCCGCCUGUCGGGGACAUGCGCUUCAAGAACCCGGUGCCAGCUGCGCCUUGGUCGGGAGUGAGGAACGGCUCGCUCCUCACGCCCAUGUGUACCCAGGAGCAUCCCCUCCUCGACUCCAAGCCCUUCGGACAGGAGGACUGUCUCUUCCUCAGCGUCUACACUCCGCGGCCGUAUGAGUCGGAUCUGCCGGUGAUGGUGUGGAUCCAUGGCGGAGGAUUCACCAUCGGAAGCGCUGGCUUUUAUGGGCCUCUCCCUCUCCUGACGAAGGACGUCGUUCUCGUCACCAUACAGUACCGCCUCUCUACUCUGGGAUUCCUUUCGACCGGGGACUCUGAAAUCCCUGGCAACCUCGGGCUCAAGGACCAGACGAUGGCCCUCCGGUGGGUGCAGGACAACAUCCGGGCAUUCGGCGGCGACCCAGCCAAGGUCACCAUCUUCGGGGAGUCAGCCGGGGGCGCGUCCGUUCACUUCCACAUUCUGUCACCCAUGUCCGCAGGGCUCUUCCAGCGCGCCAUCAUGCAGUCGGGAACCGCCCUCUGCCCGUGGGCGCUCAGGGAGGACCACUGGGAAGUGGCAACCCGAAUCGGCGAGAUGUUCAACUGUUCAGGGUCGUCUCCUUUGACCAGUUCAGAGCUGAACGCCUGUCUGAGGGAGGUCCCUGCCGAAGACCUGGUCAAGGCGCCGAAAAAGUUCAGAGUGUUUACCGAGUUCCCGAGCGUGAUGACGCCCUCCGUGGACGGCGAAUUCCUCCCAGAUCACCCCGCCCAGCUGCUCAGGGAGGGAAGGUACAGCAAGGUCGACGUCAUCACGGGAGUGACCCAGCACGAAGGCCAAUCGAUCAUCUCCUUUCUCAGCGGCAACGACAGCUUGGCCUCUUUGGUUGAGGACCUCGCCACCAACGGCCCCAUCGUCUCGUACAUGGAGCACGAGGACAACCGCGAGUACUUGGCCCGCCGCCUCUUCCACCACUACUUCGGGCCCCUGGAAGACCUGGGUGGGAAGAUGGCCAUCAUGCAGGAGCUCUUCACUGACCGCCUGUUCAGGAUGUGCAACCAGGACGCCCUUGAGCAGCACGCGCGCGACGCUGCGUUCGGCCGCCGCGCCUUUGCCUACGAGCUGCAGCACGUUGGGGAACACGCUUUCCUGUUGGCUUUCAUGGGCCUUGGCGAUGGUGCCAACGAGCACGUCGCCCACGGAGACGACAUCCAGUACCUGUUCGACUUCGGGGCGAUGAACCUGACGCUGCGUCGGGAGGAGGACCUCUUCGUCAGGAGAAUCAUGGUGGAUCUGUGGACCAACUUCGCCGCUACGGGGCAUCCAACACCUGAUCUGUCUCUGGGCUUUACUUGGGAGCCGGUGACGAAAUCUGGAGACUCCUAUCUGGCCCUCACCUCCUCGCCUUCCAUGAAGACCUUCGGUAAUGAAAAGGUCCGCCACUUCUGGAGGAACAUGCCGCUGAAGACCAACCAGCUGCUCGACCCCGGACACUUCUCCAGGUGCGAUCGCCCCGCCGUCGCAAGGGCUCCUUCGGACUCCCCAGGGACGCUGUGAAGGCCUCUGCUGUUGUAGUAUUCGGAGGACACCAAUCAAAAGCGCAUUGGAGUUUGUUCGUGUUUGGAAUCUCCCUUGAAAAUUUUCAUUUUCGGGAUCGUAGGUUAUUUGCACUAGAGGGUGUUACUUGAACUGCCUCUUUAAACGUAUUUCAAGAGCAAAUUUGGCCACCCAGUCAAUGGAUCUAUUUCUACCCUGGUCAUUUGGUAUGUUUCUAUAUUUUGUCACACUUGAUAGUCUGAACAUUUUUACACAAUGAAGACAACUUUGGGAUUCCAGGCAAAAGAGGUUUCAUGUAUGGAUCAUUUGGAGAAAAUAUAGUUGCAUUAAAAAAAAUCAUUAA